GCACUGAAAGUUUAAAGCAAAACAUGGCGCAGCCCACAAGUCAUCAGGAUGAGGGGGACUCCAACGAUGAAAGCUCUCUUUUUCGAUCACCGGAGGCGUCUGAAAAUGACACCGAUUAUGGCCUGGAAUUCUCUACAAGUCGUCUAAUCUCUCAGAACGCCAACAAUCGACGCUCCUCGACGCUGAGAUCCGAGAGUAGCCACACAAACAGAAACGAGGAGCACCAGGAAGACCAGGAUAAUCGCCCCUCGACAUCCAGGUCGCGGCAGACUCGCCAGAACUCGGGUAGAGGUGAAGCAGCAGGAGCAUCGAGUCGAAGGAAGCAGCGCAAUCCCGUGAGCAGGGCCAACAGGAUGGAUAGAGAGAUCCGACGCCUGCGAGCUUGUACUGUGCCAUUAAUACCCCGGCUACCCUUUGCCCGAUUGGUGCGGGAACUGAUCAUGAAGUAUACCAAUUCCCAGGUCAGGAUCACCGAAAGCGCAUUGGGAGUGCUGCAAGAGUCGUCGGAGCUCUACUUGACGCAUCGCUUAGAGGACUCCUACAUGCUCACCCGUCAUCGUGGUCGAGUGACUUUGGAGCUACGCGACAUGGUACUAAUGGCCUACAUAAUGGACAUUACACAUAACCGAUCUUAGAUUUGUAUAAAUAGUACCUUUUAAAGUAUA